GCGGCGGGUCACGUGAGAGGGGAGCGAAGAUGGCGGCGGGCGGGCUGUGCGCGAGGAGCAGCAGAGAACUGUGGACAAUUCUUCUGGGCAGAUCAGCUUUAAGAGAACCAGCUCAGAUCGCUGCAGAAUUGAACAAGCACUGGCAGAGAUUGUUAGAGGGACUUUCAUACUAUAAACCGCCAAGUACAACUUCCGCAGAAAAAAUAAAAGCUGAUAAAGAUGUAGCUGCUCCACUAAAAGAGUUGGGUCUGAGGGUCAGCAAGUUUUUGGGUCUGGAUGAAGAACAAAGCGUGCAGUUGUUACAGUGUUAUCUUCAAGAGGAUUACAGAGGAACAAGGGACUCCCUCAAGACAAUUCUUCAGGAUGAAAGGCAGAGUCAGGCUCUGAUGCUGAAGCUUGCUGACUAUUACUAUGAAGAGAGGAUCUGCAUUCUGCGCUGCGUCCUCCAUCUACUCACUUAUUUUCAGGAUGAGAGACACCCUUACACAGCACAAUACUUCCAGUGUGUUGAAAAGUUGGACAAGGAACUAGUUCCCAAUUACCGGAAGCAGUUUGAAGCACUGUACAAAGCAGAAGCUCCUACGUGGGAAACACAUGGAAAUCUCAUGACAGAACGUCAGGUUUCCCGUUGGUUUGUGCAAUGUCUCCGUGAACAGUCCAUGCUCCUGGAAGUCAUCUUUCUCUACUAUGCCUACUUUGAGAUGGCACCUGAUGAGCUUCUGGCAUUUGCAAAGAUGUUCAAAGAACAGGGAUUUGGCACUAGACAAACCAACAGACAUUUGGUAGACGAGAGCAUGGAUCACCUGGUGGAUCGUAUUGGCUACUUUAGUGCUCUUAUUCUGGUGGAAGGCAUGGAAAUCGACUCCCUCCAUGAGCGUGCUUUGGAUGACAGGACGGAGGAGCACAAGUUAGCCAACAGUGAGCGCAUCCACCAGGAGAUGGACAAUCAGCUGCUGCAGUUGGGGGAUGUCUCACAUCAUGCUCCGGUGCUUUUGGCCUGGGCUCUGCUCCGUCACACUGUAAACCCAGACGAGUCCGCAAACGUCAUCAGGAGAAUGGGCAGCACUGCCAUCCAGCUGAAUGUAUUCCAGUAUCUGACAAAGCUGCUGCGGUCGCUGAGCAGUGGGGGGAAGAAUUGUACUGCCAGCACAGCUUGUAUGUGUAUUUAUGGACUUCUUUCCUUUGUCCUGACGUCACUGGAACUACAUACAUUGGGCAAUCAGCAGGAUAUAAUUGAUGCUGCAUGUGAAGUUCUGGCAGCUUCCAGCAUUCCUCAGCUCUUCUGGAAGACGGAACCUACUGCGGGUCUGGGUAUUAUCCUGGACAGUGUGUGUGGGAUGUUCCCCCAUCUUCUUACUCCUCUCCUUCAGCUGCUCCAAGCCCUUGUGUCUGAUAAAUCUACUGCAAAAAAGGUAUACAGUUUCCUGGAUAAAAUGUCCUUCUAUAUUGAACUGUACAAGCAUAAACCUCCUGAUGUGAUCUCUCAUGAAGAUGGCACACUUUGGCGAAGACAGGCUCCAAAGCUCCUCUAUCCUCUUGGACUAGGUCAAACAAAUCUGCGGAUACCUCAGGGAACAGUGGGCCAAGUGAUGCUGGAUGACCAGGCUUAUUUGGUACGAUGGGAGUAUUCCUACAGCAGCUGGACACUGUUUACCUGUGAGAUUGAGAUGCUGCUCCAUGUUGUUUCGACAGCAGAUGUGAUUCAACAUUGCCAGAGGGUCAAGCCAAUAAUUGAUCUGGUUCAUAAAGUCAUCAGCACUGAUGUAUCGAUAGCAGAUUGCCUUCUGCCGAUCACCUCACGAAUCUACAUGCUCCUGCAGAGGCUAACAACUGUAAUCUCCCCCCCUGUGGAUGUUAUUGCUUCUUGUGUCAAUUGUUUGACAGUGCUGGCUGCUCGGAUGCCAGCCAAGGUUUGGACUGACCUUCACCAUACGGGGUUCUUACCAUUUGUUGCCAAUCCAGUGUCCAGUAUGAAUCACAUGAUUAGUGCAGAGGGAAUGAAUGCUGGGGGCUAUGGAAACCUGUUGAUGAGCAUAGAACAGCCUCAAGGCGAGUACAGUGUUACUGUCUCCUUCCUGAACCUGAUCACGACUCUCGUCCGGGGGCAACUUGGUAGCACCCAGAGCCAAGGACUAGUGCCUUGCAUUGUGUUUGUCCUGAAGGAGAUGUUACCAAAUUAUCACAAAUGGCGUUACAACUCUCAUGGAGUGAGAGAGAAAAUUGGAUGCCUUAUCCUGCAGUUGAUCCAUGCUAUACUGAAUUUAUGCCCUGAAAUGGAUCCUCGCAGCAGCAAUGCCCCCAGCCUCCAGUCCCUGUGCAUCUUCAGCCUGGCCAACACCGAAGCAGGACAAGCUGUCAUUAACAUCAUGGGAAUUGGUGUGGACACUAUCGAUAUGGUAAUGGCCUCCCAGUCUAGCAGUGAUGAGUCCCAAGGCCAAGGUCAACUGCUGAUCCAAACAGUUAAGCUGGCAUUCUCGGUUACCAAUAAUGUCAUCCGGUUGAAACCCCCCUCCAGCGUGGUGUCUCCAUUGGAACAGGCACUGACUCAGCAUGGUGCUCAUGGAAACAAUCUUAUUGCGGUCUUGGCCAAAUACAUCUACCACAAGCACGACCCUGCGCUCCCGCGCCUGGCCAUCCAGUUGCUCAAACGACUGGCGACGGUUGCUCCCAUGUCUGUUUACGCCUGUCUCGGUAGUGACGCUGCCGCCAUCCGCGACGCCUUCCUCACCCGCCUGCAGAGCAAGAUCGAGGACAUGCGCAUUAAGGUCAUGAUACUGGAGUUCCUCACGGUAGCGGUGGAGACACAACCUGGGCUCAUUGAGCUCUUCCUGAACUUGGAAGUGAAGGAUGGCAGUGACGGGUCAAAGGAAUUCAGCUUAGGGGAGUGGAGUUGCCUCCAAGUAGUCUUAGAGCUGAUAGACUCCAAACAACAGGAGAGGUACUGGUGCCCUCCCCUCUUGCAUCGUGCGGCCAUUGCCUUCCUGCACGCUCUGUGGCAGGACCGUCGAGACAGCGCCAUGCUAGUUCUGAGGACAAAGCCAAAGUUUUGGGAGAAUUUAACCAAUCCUCUCUUUGGGACCCUUCCUCCGCCUUCAGAAUCGUCAGAGCUCAGUGUCUUGGAUACCUGUGCCUUAAUCAUGAAAAUCAUCUGUUUGGAGAUCUACUAUGUUGUCAAGGGCUCGCUGGAUCAGUCCCUGAAAGACACGCUGAAGAAUUUCUCCACCAAAAAGCGCUUUGCCUACUGGUCAGAAUACGUGAAGUUACUGGCGUAUCACGUGGCAGAGACAGAGGGCAGCAGCUGUGCCUCCAUGACAGAGUAUCAAAUGCUCAUCUCAGCCUGGCGGAUGCUGCUGAUAAUCUCUACCAGCCAUGCAGAUAUAAUGCACUUGACUGAUCCUGCAGUUCAUCAGCAGUUGUUUCUGGAUGUGCUCGAUGGGACCAAGGCUUUGCUUCUAGUUCCCAUGUCAGUGUCCUGCCUGCAGCUGGGGUCUAUGCUGUGUACCCUCCUCCUGAUCCUGCUCAAGCAGUGGAAGAGCGAGUUGAGUUCUGUGGAUAAAAUCAUAAACUCCUUGACGCAGAUCCUGGAGGGAGUACUACAGGCAGAUCAGCAGAUGAUGGAGAAAACCAAAGCCAAAGUAUUCUCUGCUCUUAUCACUGUGCUGCAAAUGAAGGAGAUGAAAGUGAACGAGAUCCCUCAGUACUCCCAGCUGGUGCUGAGCGUGUGCGAAACACUCCAGGAUGAGGUCAUUGCACUCUUUGAUCAGACUCGACACAGCCUGACCUUGGGCGAUGCUGCAGAUGACAAGGACAGCAUGGAAACAGAUGAUGCCUCUCGAGUUAAACACAAGGACCAGCGAGAUGGGGUGUGUGUUCUGGGUCUGCAUCUGGCUAAAGAGCUCUGUGAAGUUGAUGAAGAUGGAGACUACUGGCUACAGAUUACUAGGAAAGUCCCUGUGCUUCCUACUAUCUUUGCCGCGUUGGAGAUCAGCCUGAGAGUUAAACAAAACCUUCACUUCACAGAGGCCUCCUUACAUUUACUGCUGACCUUAGCAAGGACUCAACAGGGAGCAGCAGCCGUGGCUGGAGCUGGUGUCACCCAGAGUGUCUGCCUGCCCCUCUUGAGCGUGUACCAGCUCAGCAGUAACGGAGCCAUUCAGACAUCUGCUUCCUCUCGCAAGUCGUUGGAUGCCCCCUCUUGGGCUGGGGUCUAUCGUCUCUCCAUGUCACUGAUGGAGCGCCUUCUUAAAACGCUCAGAUACAACUUCCUGACAGAGGCACUGGAUUUUGUCGGUGUCCAUCAAGAGAGGAUUCUGCAGUGCCUGAAUGCAGUACGGACAGUACAGAGCUUGGCCUGUCUGGAGGAGGCCGAUCACACUGUUGGUUUCAUUCUUCAGCUCUCAAAUUUCACAAAGGAGUGGCAUUUCCACCUGCCACAGCUCAUGAGAGACAUGCAGGUGAACCUGUGUUACCUGUGUCAGGCCUGUACCUCCCUCCUGCACAGCCGCAAAAUGCUCCUGCACUACCUGCAGACAAAAAAUGGUGAUUCCCUUCCAUCAAGUGUGACUCCACGAGUGCAGCGUAAUCCCCAAGCCUCCUCCAAACAUCCCAGCCCUGAGUCAGAGGCAGCAGAGCAGAAAGCGCUGCUCACAGUGCAGUACAGCCUCUUGAAAAUCCUCAGCAAAACCCUUGCUGCCCUGCGCCAUUUCACCCCCGAUGUCUGUCAGAUCCUCCUUGACCAGUCGCUGGACCUUGCUGAGUACAACGUGCUCUUCAUUCUGAGUUUCGCCACACCGGCCUUUGAUUCGGAUGUCGCACCUUGCUUUGGGACGCUCCUUGCCACGGUGAACGUGGCCCUCAACACGCUGGGAGAGCUGGAUAAGAAGAAAGAACCUUUCCCUCAGGCUGCGGGGCUGAAUAUGCAAGAGGGAACCAAAACCCUCAAGUCUCUGCUCAUGUUUACAAUGGAAAACUGUUUCUACCUGCUCAUCUCCCAGGCCGUUCGGUUCCUGAGAGACCCAGCUGUGCACCCCCGUGACAAGCAGCGGAUGAAGCAGGAGCUCAGCUCUGAGCUGAGCACGCUGCUCUCCAGCCUGUCUCGUUACUUCCGCCGCGGUGGUCCCUCUUCGCCCGCCAGCGGGGUUCUCCCUUCUCCCCAAGGAAAGUCUGCCUCCAAGCUGGGUCCCGAGGGGCAGGAGCCUUUGUUUCAGCUGGUGCAGGCCUUUGUCCGGCACAUGCAGAGAUAGAUCCUGUCCUGCCCCCGCCUCCCUCUUCAGGACUUGCAGCGGAACGAUCCAUCUCCACCGCGGAAGGCACCACCGUUGGCAGAGCUCGUAACAAGGACUGGGAAGGGGAGGGAGGCCUGGUGUGGGCAGUGGUGUGAACCCAGCUGGACCAGCAGCAGCCAGAUCCCCUUGAACUCUUGUGACCCAGCAGCAGAGUGAAUGUAAGGAGGGCCCAGCGCGGCUCUUCGGCCGUCAGCCCUCAUGCACAGCCCGCCCGCUCCACAGCAGAGCACCCGGGCUGGGUACGAGUGCUGAACUCUCAAAACCUUUAUUUUUAUAGCUUGUACCUCAGCUGGGGAAGCUGUGGCUGGAUGGAGAGAGGAGACAAAACUUUCCACUGGGCAUUAACUCUGCUCUUAACCCAAGGUGCAAUCUGCCUCUCCCCUGCAGUCAGAGUCCAGCUGAGGCACAACCAAGGGAUCAGCCAGCAAUUCAGAGACCAUCUUUCUACUGCUAUUUUUGUACUGAGUGGUUCAAGGCAAGAUGGUGUAUGUGUGCUCACGCCUUCCCUUCGCCCUGCAGUCUGUGUGUUGUGUGUGUUUCUGAAGAGCAAGGCCUCACUCAAGGUUUUUAAGGCAAAAUUCCAUUGCUCCAGUUCUUGCAGUUUUUUGUAACUGUGCCCUAUUUAUACUGAUAUUAAAACCUUUAUAGACAGCA